AUGGCUACAACGACCCAAUCAGCUUCUUUGGCUAGUACUCUAGUCGCCCGCUUCCUGCGGUCGAACAACUUCAGCGAUACCCUGAAUACUUUCAUCCACGAGGCGGGACUAUCAGCAGAUGUGGGGCAGACCGACAGUGGAAACGACUGGACCAUCGAAGAAGUGCUCGAAGAGAAGAAAGCAUUCGACAAAAGCGUUAAUUUCGAACGAUAUAACGAGGAUGAGAAGAAGGAUGUAUGGACUGUCCCAGCACCAUCAAAACCAACAAUCAUCCAAACACCAACAUCCUCAAACCUCCUAGCUGCAUCUGUUGAGCCAUGGCAACAACAAACAAAUGACAACCCAUCACCCUGCCUAGUCGCCACAGGCGCAGACAGACAACUCCAUGUCUUCAAGACAGCCGAGGGGAAUGAACUCGUCAAGUCCUUUGCUGGUCACUCCGACUCGCCCAUUCUGUCUUAUGUAUCCGUCCGCAAUGGCAGAUAUGUUUUCAUGACCAAUAUGUCUGGCCAGCUUAUUCUGCAGCGCGGGGAAGAGGUUCUGGGGAAGAGGAAGGAUCAUGGGAAAUAUGCGGUUAAGGUUGUUGCGCAUGAGGAUCCUUCGGGGAAGGUGUUGGUUGCUACUGCGGGUUGGGACUCGAAAAUUUGCGUUUAUGAGUUUAACAUCCCUGAAGGAGAUGAGGAGGUGGCUAUGGACCAGCCUGUUGCGUACAUCAACCUGGACACUAAACCGGAGACUAUGCUGUUCGUCAAGCAUGUUGAUCUGGGACAUACGCUGCUGCUUGUUUCAAGACGGGACUCGACGCAUCUCUAUUACUACCAAGUUGAUUCCACGGGGCAGACUACACCAUACGAAUGCAGACUACUCGGAAAACAGAACCUGGCACCUCACUCCAACGCCUGGGUCACGUUUUCCCCCUCCAGCCUAGCCCUGCAUCCACACGACCCCGGUCUCCUCGCAGUCGCAACAUCAUCCCUCCCGCACAUGAAAGCAAUCAUCGUGCGAUUGCUCUUCCCAUCAGCAGAAAGCUUCAACCCCGAAUUCGAACCCCAGCCACCCAUGGAACCUAUUACCCAAGCCACUCAAGCAUUCGAGGCCCUGGCACUCCAGAACCGCGAAGACGCGGCUAUUCUAAUUCAGGCGAACACGUUUGCGCCGCAGACGGCGUACUCGACGCCGCAGGUUGUGUGGAGGCCCGAUGGGUCUGGGGUUUGGGUUAAUGGGGAUGAUGGGGUGGUGAGGGGGGUUGAGGCAAGGACGGGGAAGGUUAUGGGUAUGUUGAACAUGGGGCAUGAUGUUGGGUGUAAGGUGAGGACUAUUUGGGCGGGAUGGGUUGAGGUUGAGGGCGUUAAAGAGGAGUGGGUUGUUAGUGGUGGGUUUGAUAAGAAGCUGAUUGUUUGGAAGGGGUAG